AAUAACUUGACCCGAACUCCCUCCUCUUCCUCCUCCCCAAAGGUGCUCGCCGCUGUGCUCUUCUUAGUCUCUUCCAAUUUUAAAGUCAAGACGCGAGAUGAUGAUGAUGUCGCCGCCCUCGAUGAGGGUGCUCUGCAUUUGUUUGCUCCACCUGGCCGCCCUCUCCACCCUCACCUCAGCGGGCAACUUCUACAAGGACUUCGACAUCACCUGGGGCGACCGCCGUGCCCAGAUACUCAACGGCGGCCAGGGACUCACGCUCUCUCUCGACAAGGUUUCCGGGUCCGGUUUCAAGUCCAAGAACGAGUACCUCUUCGGACGGAUCGACAUGCAGAUCAAGCUCGUUGAAGGCAACUCGGCCGGGACAGUCACCGCAUACUACUUGUCCUCUCAAGGCCCGACCCACGACGAGAUCGACUUCGAGUUCCUUGGCAACCUGUCUGGGAACCCCUACACGCUCCACACCAAUGUGUUCUCGCAGGGGAAAGGAAACAGAGAACAGCAAUUCCACCUCUGGUUCGAUCCCACCAAGGCAUUUCACACCUAUUCGAUUGUCUGGAACGCUCGACGCAUCAUCUUCCUGGUGGACAACAGUCCCAUAAGAGUGUUCAACAACUUGGAGUCCAUCGGCGUGCCUUUCCCACGCGACCAGCCCAUGAGGCUUUACUCUAGCCUCUGGAACGCCGAUGACUGGGCGACAAUGGGCGGCCGCGUCAAGGCUGACUGGACAAAAGCUCCUUUCAUCGCGUCUUUCAGGAACUUCAACACCGAUGCUUGUGUGGUCUCGUCCGGGUCUUCGUCCUGUGCCUCAAAAUCCACCAACAGCUUACAGACGAGCACGUGGCAGGAGCAAUCCCUCGACGCAUCCGGCAGAAACAGGCUCCGAUGGGUGCAGCAGAAGUACAUGGUCUAUAACUACUGCAGCGACUCCGAACGGUUCCCUCAAGGUCUACCGCCAGAGUGCAAGAGAUCGAGGUUCCUCUGAAGCUCGAAGCUGCAUCCACUUCUUCUACCACAGUUUAUUGAUUCUUUUGCGCAAGAUGUUAUAUAAAAUAGUGAGCAAAAUUCAUUCAUUAUUCUUUCAUGUAACGACGAGUGACAUCAACAAAAGGCGAUUUCCCCA